AUGAUGGAAGACGAAGAGUCCCAAACUCAUCUUGAACCACUUGAAAGGGAAUUUGCGGAAGAAUGGCACCCUGGCACUGGUAGGUGCGGGGUGCGAGGUCUAGACCAGCGAAUUUGUUCUUGUGGUGCUCACAGAAUAGAUUUUGAGUCCGAGCUUUUGAAUAGCCCGCAAAAAUAAAUAAGAGGCAAAAACUAUUCGGUGUGUUUGUGGGGUAAAAUAGGUAUACGAUGACUGUAAACAAAGGUUUUGCGUUCUAAACGCACAAUCUUUCCUCGUCACCGUAACGUGACAUCGAGACAGCGUGACCACAAAGAGAUCAGACGCUGGUGUGACAAGCGUGACCUCACCUACUGUUAAGUGGGAUUUUCACUUGAAUCACUUUUUUCUGGUGUUCUAGUUAAGUGAGUAGAAUUAUUCUCCGGCCUUUUUUUCUUUUUCUUUUAUUUUAUUUUACUGUCAAUGUUUAAGGAAAUGCACGGAAUGUAUUUGCACCCUGGAAAGAGUUUGUGAUGUCAGAAAAACUGCUUACAUCAAUGGUACACAUCUUCUAUGCUAUCCCUCCAAAUUGGCCAAGGGGAUCAAACUGGGAAAGGAUCCUACCAAGCAUUAUGGCAAUUCUCAUAUGGCUAGCAUUUUGCAUGGAAAUGAGCAUCAUUAAAUUACUGUGGACCCAAGGUGACCAGGGUCAUGCCGCCAAUAAACACCCACCAAUAGGAUCUGUAUUACUUGUCAUCUUACUUGAGUUGUCGUCAACAGUUUCAUUUACGAUCAUGGUCAUCUACUUCUUUAAAUCAAGUAACAGAUUCCAUUACUCCUCCACUAAACUCAUCCCAGGAUUUGAAUUUGCACCAUUAGGAAAACAUCAAGAUGUGACUCUGAAGAAAGUGCACUGGUUGGGCGUGAACUUCUUCCUUGUGUUUGCAAUCACUGGUCUUGGAACUUCCCUUUAUAAUGCAAUGAAAGUCAACAUCUUCUUCAGUUUCACUGAUUUGCAUGAAUUUACAAAACAGAUCAGUGAUGUCCAAAGAGGUCUGUACUACAGCACAUUAGUGAUACUGAACUGGGCCCACAUGAGUUCCAUACUUGCAUGCGGUACCUUUUACAUUGCAUGUCGUAGUAUCUCAAGUCACAUUGAUUUCACAGAAAAACUGCUUGUAUCACAUGUGACAGACUUUAAUUCUGCAAAGGAAAUUCAUGAAUGCCUCCUGAAGUAUUCAGAAAAGGUUAUAAAGUCACUUACCCCAUGGUUUACAAUUCACAGCAGUUUACUUGGACUUGUAAUACUGCUGACAUUACUGGAUAUAAUGAGUACGAUCCAGUCUUCACAAAAAGGUCAUGACAUCAGCAAAAUCUGGUUAUCCAAGGUUACAGCAUCUUGGUUUGUGGCUAUUCAGUUUGCGUUCCCUUUUUUGUCUGCUAGCUUGGUAACUCGACGAUAUGAACAAAUGUAUGAGCAACUAAACAGGAGAGCCACAAAUGUUACCAAUUGUCACGAACUGGACGCCUUCUUGAACUACUGUCUGAGAUGUAAAUCAGGGUUUUAUGUUCUGGGAAUCAGAAUCACCACAAGUCAUGCUGUUAUGUCAAUUGCAUCUGUUUUCAUUGGUUUGUUUCGAUUCUACAAAGAACUCUUUUAA